AUGGCUCAGAGGAACAUAUACUUGAUUCUGGUCUCCUGCCUGGUGUUCCUGUCUCCAAGCCAAGGACUGGAAGCUGAGGAAGACCAGCCUUCUGCUCACAUCACCUGCCCAGAAGGUGCCAAUGCUUAUGGUUCCUACUGCUACUACUUCAUGGAAGAGCGCAUGACCCGGGCUGACGCAGAUCUCUUUUGCCACAAUAUGAAUUCAGGCUACCUGGUGUCUGUGCUUAACCAGGCUGAGGCUUACUCUGUGGCUUCCCUGAUUAAGGACAGUGGGACUAGAGACUUCAACUUCUGGAUAGGCCUCUAUGACCCCCAAAGGAAUCAUCAUUGGCACUGGAGCAGUAGGUCCCCACCCAUCUACAAAUCCUGGGCCAUUGGAGCCCCAGAUAAUGCUAAUCGUGGUUACUGUGGGACUGUGAUUUUAAACUCAGGAUAUAUGAAUGGAAGAAUGAGUUUUGUGAGGCACUGUACUCUUUUGUCUGCCAAUUCAAAAGCUAACAUCACCUAA